CGCGCGCUCUGUUAUGUCACAGCAUCCUGCCUUGCUUUCAGAACUGAACGUCGUUUAUCCAAUGAUGGGAUCAGAUCGCAAUAGUAACAGUAUUUACACUCUCUUCACUUUAGCAUCGUUAUCAAGAAAGAAAUCAUCUUAGAUUCGCUAGUAACGCGGCGUCCGCACAGCUCCGUGCAUGAUUUUGAAGCACACGGGCUAUGCAUGCCAUGCAGUAUACAUGUCGAUAUGUAGAAUUGUAAUGGACCUAAAUGCGCGGCAAUGUGGGAAAAGCACGCCUGCGUGAGGAUAGCAAAGAGAAAAAUUCAGCUGGAGCUUUGGAUCUAUCUGUGCUUUUUUUUUUUUAUUUGUAUGUAUUAAUAAUCCAAGAAAGACUUCCACUACAGUUGCAUGGGGCUAUUUUCUUCUCUGCAAGCGUUUCUCUUGCUGCACUGUCCUCUUGUUUUCACCACUUCAGAUAUAAUCAAGUCUGGAAAAAAUUACACCACUGCAUAUGAGAACAUCACCCUUCUUUGCAAAAAGGAGAAGGUCAGACCUGGAAGCUGCUUGGUGAACCGUUUAAGAUGUUACUAUAGGAAAGACUGCAGGGAGUACAUAUUGAUGAAACUGAUUUGUUCAGUGAGCUCAAACCAGAGCAGUCAUGCUCAUGAUUACCCAGACUGCCAAGAAGGGGGCAAUGAAGCCAGCCUGCUGGUGUCCCCUCUGGUGGUGGCCGGCAUCGUCAUUGGCCUGGUGCUCUUCCUCUCCUGCAUCACCAUCAUUGUGGGCAGUCUGCGCAAAGACAGACAUCUGCACAACCCCCACCUGCGAGCCAGCUAUGCUCCUGAUAGCCUCUCAUAUGGUGGUUCCAUUGGAGAGUUGAGGUCCACUUGUAUUGAGGAGUUUCCCCCUCCAUUCGACUCUUACGUGGAGACGCUAUCUCAAAUCAACAUCAUGUACCCAGACUCCCCACCUCAUUAUAAUGAAUGCGUGGGACCAGGGACACAGUUAUAUGUUCCUACUGAUGAUCCACCAGCCUACUCGCUCACAGACCCGUGCCGGGAGCAGGCUGCCCCACACAACUACAGAGAGAUGGAGGCUCUGCCUGCUGGUGCUUCCUGGGUGUCAGCAAGUUGCUCUUCCAGAUACUCAACCAGGCUGCAGGAUUUGAGGCACCAGCCAGUCGCCUCCAUCUCUUUGUCAGCCUUACCUUUAGAAGAGGCACCCCCAUAUGAGGCAGUAGUGAGUGAACAAAACCAGCCCCUCCCUCUGAUGCCCCUGGAUCUUCUCAAACACACUGCUGAGGACAGCAGUCUCCAGGACAUUGUUACCCACAGGAUCUGGUAAUACAUGCCACUCCAACACAAAUGUGCAUCACCUGUACCAAACCAGCUUUGAGAUGGACUUCUUUGUUUGACAAGGGUCACCCCAGACAAUGUAGACACAAUGGAAAAGACCCAGAGCUCAGAGCUGAAACAGACACCCGCAGAACCCCACAAUCUCCUCUGAUAUCAACCAACACAGCUAUGAGACACUGCAUGUCCUGUUUUAGCUAACACAAAGGGAGCCACCCUUACGAACGCGCGCGCGCGCGUGUGUGUGUGUGUGUGUGUGUGUGUGUGUGUCUUCAUUUUACGUUGUCUUUUGCCUAUGGUGUGAUUAGAUGCCAGUUUCUUCAUUUACAAAUAGACUUAUAGAUGAUUUAACCAUUUCUUUUGCACCAGAGCUAAAUUCAACAAUUUAAAUUUUGCCAAGCAAGGCAUCUUAGACUUAAUCAAUAAAGUUACAUAGGUUCAUAAUAGUGAUUUUUUUUUUUUUCAUUUACAUUUUAGGUGUAAAAUGAGACCUUUCUCUUCUUCAUCAUGAGUAAGAGAAAGUGCAUGCACAUAGGUGUAUGUUCAUGUGUUUCUACAUGACUUUCUAUUUAUUGCAACAUAUUUCAUUUGAAUUGUUAACCUUUUUUUGUUUGUUUGUUUUGUACUUUUUGUACAUUUUUUAAAUAAUAUUUAGUAAAUUUCAUAGAUAUCAUAGAAGAGAAGUGACCUUUAAAGCAAUGUAAAUGACACCAGAAGAUGAAAUGCUUUUUAAUCCAUACUUUCAUUAAACCUCAUUGCAUUUCUUUACACCUUUACAACUAGAUCACUGUGAUUUCUUGGUAACACUUUACAAUAAGGUUGUAUUCAUUAACUUUACAUUAGUUAACAACAUUAGUUAUUAAGAACUAACAUUGAACAAUAUUUUACAGCAUUUAUUCAUCUUGGUUAAUGUUAAUUACAACGUGCUAAUCCAUUUUUUUUAUUAAAAGUUGUACACGUUAAUGC